AUAAAUACACCCCCUCUCCACUCCCAAGUUGCGUAUGUUCAGUGACACAGCCGGUGGGUGCGGAGCUUGCUGACCAUGGGCUCGCCUUCAGUCGUUCUUCCUAAGGUGGUCGACGGUGAGAAGGAGGGCACGGCCCGCCGCGCCAAAUGGUGGUACGUGACGUUCCACAAUGUCACCGCGAUGGUCGGCGCCGGCGUGCUCAGCCUGCCCUACGCCAUGGCUCACCUGGGAUGGGGGCCAGGGAUAGUGGCGCUGCUGGUGUCGUGGUGCAUCACGCUGUACACGCUGCGGCUGCUGAUCGAGCUACACGAGUGCGUGCCCGGCGUGCGGUUCGACCGGUACCGUGACCUGGGCGUGCACGCGCUGGGCCCGCGGCUGGGCCUGUGGGUGGUGGUGCCGCAGCAGCUCAUCGUGCAGCUCGGCUGCGACGUCGUCUACAUGGUCACCGGCGGCAACUGCCUGCAGAAGUUCGCCGAGUCGGUGUGCCCGGGCUGCACGCGCCUGCACCAGUCCUACUGGAUCUGCAUCUUCGGCUCCUCCCAGUUCCUGCUCUCCCAGCUUCGUGACCUCAACUCUAUCACCGCCAUCUCCCUCGCCGCCGCCGUCAUGUCCCUCAGCUACUCCACCAUAUCGUGGGCGGCGUGCCUGGCCAAGGGCCCCGUCGCCGGGGUGAGCUACGCGUACAAGGCCGGCACGGCGGCGGACUCGGUGUUCCGGGUGUGCAGCGCGCUGGGGCAGGUGGCGUUCGCGUUCGCCGGGCACGGCGUGGUCCUGGAGAUCCAGGCCACCAUCCCGUCCACGCCCACCAAGCCGUCCAAGGUGCCCAUGUGGAAGGGCACCGUCGCCGCCUACAUGGUCACCGCCGCCUGCUACUUCCCCGUGGCCUUCAUCGGGUACUGGACGUUCGGCCAGGACGUGAGCGACAACGUGCUCGUGGCGCUGGAGCGCCCACCCUGGCUCGUCGCCGCCGCCAACAUGAUGGUGGUCAUCCAUGUCGUCGGGAGCUAUCAGGUAUACGCCAUGCCAAUAUUCGAAAGCAUGGAAACGUUUCUGACCACGAGGUUCAGGGUUCCUCCGGGGUUGCUGCUCCGUCUGGUGGCUCGAUCAACCUACGUCGCGUUCACGCUGUUCGUCGCCGUGACGUUCCCGUUCUUCGGCGACCUCCUUGGCUUCUUCGGGGGUUUCGGAUUCACGCCCACCUCCUUCUUCCUCCCCUGCAUCCUGUGGCUGAAGAUCAAGAAGCCUCGGAGGUUCAGCGCGCCGUGGUUCGCCAACUGGGGGUGCAUCGUCGUUGGGGUGUUGCUGAUGCUGGUUUCCACCAUGGGCGGGUUAAGGAGCAUCAUCCAGGACGCCUCCACGUUCCAGUUCUACUCUUGAAACCGUACGCCCGGCUAGCUAGCUCCAGGUAGUCGUCGUGCCUUCAGUGUAACAGUAGCCUGUUACCGAAUCACUGAAGGUCGUUGGCUUCGAUUCAGAGGGUGACCUGCUUCUGCGGAGUGUCAAACCAAGUGGUCGGCGUAGUACCUUGUGCCCGUCACUUAAUAAACCUUGUCCAUACUAUGCUGCAAUACAAAUCGUGUACUUUGUCA